UCAGUCUGCUCAAAAUGGCGAUCCUGCUCGGUUUGGUGGUCGGUGUCCUUACGCUCGUCGCUUGGUGGGUGCUCCAGAACUACACCUACUGGAAACGGCGAGGAAUUCCCCAUGAUCCACCCAAUAUUCCGCUCGGCAAUACCGGCGAACUUUGGAGAACAAUGCCGCUGGCCGGCAUCCUCAAGCGAACAUAUCUGAAAUUCAGGAAACAGACCGACGGACCUUUUGCGGGCUUCUACCUCUAUGCUAUGAAGUACAUUGUCAUCACGGACGUGGAUUUUGUAAAAACCGUGCUAAUUCGCGACUUCGAUAAGUUUCACGAUCGCGGAGUGUAUCACAACGAAAAGGAUGAUCCGCUGACCAAUAACCUGGCAACCAUCGAGGGUCAAAAGUGGAAAAAUCUGCGACAGAAGCUGACCCACACAUUUACGUCAGCCAAAAUGAAGAGCAUGUUUUCCACGGUCUUAAACGUGGGCGAUGAGAUGAUUCGCGUGGUCGAUGAAAAGAUCUCCAGUUCUUCGCAGACCCUGGAAGUCACCGACAUUGUGUCACGCUUCACAUCCGACGUAAUUGGAAUCUGUGCUUUUGGCCUGAAAUGCAAUAGUCUGCGGGAUCCUAAGGCGGAGUUCGUCCAAAUGGGCUACUCAGCGCUAAGAGAACGUCGUCAUGGUUGGCUGGUAGAUCUACUAAUCUUCGGGAUGCCUAAACUGGCCGUGAAACUGGGUUUCCAGUUCUUGCUUCCCUCGGUGCAGAAGUUCUAUAUGAAAAUCGUGCAGGACACCAUAGAUUACAGGAUGAAGAGAAAGGUGACUCGGAACGAUUUCAUGGACACGUUGAUUGACAUGAAACAGCAGUAUGAUAAAGGCGACAAGGAAAAUGGACUUGCCUUCAAUGAGGUCGCUGCCCAGGCCUUCGUAUUUUUCCUAGCUGGUUUUGAGGCGGGAUCCACAACCAUGGGAUUCACACUUUAUGAGCUGGCCUGCAAUCAGGAUGUUCAGGACAAGUUGAGGGCUGAAAUCGACAGUGUGCUGGAAAGGUACAAUGGUAAACUGGAAUACGAUUCUAUGCAGGACUUGUUUUAUAUGGAAAAGGUUAUCAAUGGAAACAUCCAGUGGUAGCCCACUUGGCUCGCAUUGCCACCAAACCGUACCAGCACAGUAAUCCCAAGUAUUUCAUAGAGGCCGGCACUGGAGUGCUGGUGUCCACCCUGGGCAUCCAUCAUGAUCCUGAGUUUUAUCCGGAGCCGGAAAAGUUUAUCCCAGAACGAUUCGAUGAAGAGCAAGUAAAGAAGCGUCCCACCUGCGCUUUCCUACCCUUCGGAGCUGGUCCCCGAAAUUGCAUUGGACUCCGAUUCGGACGGAUGCAGGUCAUCAUUGGAUUGGCCCUGCUAAUCCACAAUUUUAGGUUCGAAUUGCAUCCCAAGACGCCAGUGCCAAUGAAAUACACAAUCAAUAACCUUUUGCUGGGCUCCGAGGGCGGAAUCCAUCUCAAUAUCACCAAGGUAGUGAGAGACUAAAGUGUUAUAUAUUUAUUUAAUUUCGUUGUUAGUUACUUUGAGUACGUGAUUUUUAAAAUGUUUUUGUAAUGAUUUUAAAAUAUCUUAACUUCUUAAAAAUGUUAUGUUCAUAGAUUGCUUCUGCCAAGAAAUGCCGAAAGUAUUUUUUCUGCAAAAGAGUCUUGUAAUAAUUAUGCAAUAAUAAGAAGCCUUUAAAAGGCAAUAUAUCACCCAGAAAAUAAAAAAACAAUUUUUUAAAACCAUAAAAUGAAAGCCAACUUACAGUAGUUAGUUAUCCACAAGCAUGCUACUGCGAUUAGACACUAAUAAGCUUAACAUUCUUAUAGAUAUAGAGCAACAUUGUUUCUGGAAUUCCAUAUAAAAUAGGGACUAAUAGAUUAAAUAUUG